CACCAUUCUACUAACCUUUCCGGAGAUUGAUCGGAGAAACAUGGCUCAAGCGAUGGCAUCUUCUGCUAUGUCUGGCCUACGACGUUCCUCUCACCUUCAAGGUAGCCUCCAACUCAGUGGUUCCACGCGCCUCAACCUCCCCGCCUUCUCCAGGUUGGGCUUGGGCCCGACCCGUCCCGCUGGGCUCACCCUCCGAGCCCAGCAAGUGAAGCCCGACAACGAGACCAGCCGCCGGGCGGUGCUCAGUCUCGUCGCUGCCGGCCUGGCUUCCGGCUCUUUCGUUCAAGCCGUCCUCGCCGACGCCAAGCCCAUCAAAGUCGGCCCUCCUCCCCCCUCCGGUGGAUUGCCUGGAACAUUGAACUCAGAUCAGCCAAGAGACCUUCAGCUACCUCUCAAGCAAAGGUUCUACCUCCAACCUUUAUCGCCGAGCGAGGCGGCACAGAGGGCGAAGGAAUCAGCGAAGGAUAUCAUAAACGUGAAAGAGCUGAUCGACAAGAAGGCUUGGCCUUACGUUCAGAAUGAUUUGCGUCUGAAAGCAGAGUAUCUUCGUUAUGAUCUGAACACCGUCAUAUCUGCUAAGCCUAAGGACCAAAAGAAAUCCCUCAAGGAACUCACUUCCAAACUCUUCCAGGAUAUCAGCAAUUUGGAUUAUGCUGCAAAAAUUAAGAGCACACCACAGGCGGAGAAGUAUUAUGCGGAGACAGUAGCUACUCUGAAUGAUGUUAUUUCGAAGCUGGGUUAAGGAAAUUGAAUGUUGUUAAUUUGCCUUCUCUUUUGUAAUCUUUGUUUAUCAAUUUAUGUAACACGUUAAUUGUUUUGGAUGAUCUUUGAUUGAAGGGAAUCAAACGAGGCGAAAUUUGUUGGCA